UCUGUUUUAAUACGGCGGUAAAUUAAAGAUGGCGAAUUUCACAUGCUGAAAACAAAACUAAAACUAAUUUUUGUAGUUCUUGGAAAACAGAGUUGAAUACAAAUUAUGUUUGUAGCCAAAAGUAUUCAGUCUGACCACAAAGACUUGAUCCAUGAUGUUUCUUACGAUUUUCACGGCCGGAGAAUGGCUACAUGCUCCAGUGAUCAAACUGUAAAGAUAUGGGAUCAAGGAGAAGAUGGAGAAUGGACUUGUAGUGCCAGCUGGAAAACACAUAGUGGUUCAGUCUGGAGAGUGACCUGGGCACAUCCUGAAUAUGGACAAGUGGUGGCAACAUGUUCCUUUGACCGCACAGCUGCCGUUUGGGAGGAAAUGGUGGGUGAAGUACGCUCAGACGGUCAACAUAGAUCCUGGAUAAAGAGAGCAAGUUUGGUGGACAGUAGAACGUCAGUUACAGAUGUAAAAUUUGCUCCAAAACAUUUAGGCCUACAGCUAGCAACCUGUUCUACUGAUGGUAUUGUACGUAUUUAUGAAGCUCCAGAUGUUAUGAACCUCAGCCAGUGGUCACUGCAGUAUGAGAUCAGCUGUAAACUAAGAUGUAGCUGUCUCUCUUGGAACCCUUCAAGGAGACAUCCACCAAUGUUAGCAGUAGGAAGUAAUGACGCAAAUACUGCAGCAGGCGGGAAAGUGCAAAUACACGAAUAUAAUGAUGCUACAAGAAAAUGGAACAAAGUAGAAACAAUUGCCAUGGUAACGGAUGCUGUACAUGAUGUAGCUUUUGCUCCAAAUCUAGGACGGUCCUAUCAUCUACUGGGUAUAGCAACUAAAACAUUAAAGAUAAUCACAAUUGAACCUUUAAGGCGAGAUGCAACAUUAAGUGGACAGACAGGACUAACUAAGUUUGAACUUAGACAGGUUGGCGAUUUCAAUGAUCAUGAUUCACAGGUAUGGAGAAUAUGUUGGAAUGUUAUAGGGACAGUACUUGUAUCAUCAGGUGAUGACAGCUGUGUCCGAAUGUGGAAAGGUAAUUAUUUAGGUAACUGGAAAUGUAUAUCUGUCAUGAAAGGGGACGGCACACGUGCAGAUGCUGUCAACAGAAGUCAGCAGAUGAUGAACUCACAAGAAUUUGGGAAAAUGGCAGGGCAGAUGCCAGCAAGAACUCAUCGUCGGCAAAGUGAUGUUGCGUAUCAUACAGAGAUUUGACUGACCAUAAAUAGUUUUGAGCAUGUUAAGGGUACCAUCCCAAGGGACAAUGAAUAUAAGACGUAGUGAUGGCUGGCCAACAUUCAACACUAAAAAAGACCAGAGUAAAAUAGUGUUUUGAUGGUAAUGAAACUUAAAGACAUUAAAGAAUUAAAAGCUAGUUUUUUUUUACAGAAAUAAUUCUUACUAUAAAUAAUGCUUGGUGUUAAACAUACAAGAUUAUGAUGGCAUCGUAUUAUUACUGAGUCAAUGAUAGACAUAAACUGUGACAACAUGUUCUACUGAACUUCAGUCAACCACAGACUAUGGGGUGUUGCUAGAUCUUUGAAUCUAAUUAGAUAUUGUACACAAGGGUCGCUUACAUGGAAAAUGAUAUCUUGUGUAGAUAAAAAAUGUAUUCACACAAAUUAUACGUUUGUUCUCCUAAUAUACCAUGUGUAGAGUACAUAACCAGUCAGUUUUUAUACCAGUUUGGGGAAGAUGCUUUUGUAAAGUCAAUGGUCCUAGCCUGAUUCUGUGAUAAUUCAGGACAAUGAGAAAUCAGAAUAUCAAACAAAAUUAUUUUGUUGUAUUAAAUUCAAAAUAAAGGUGAAAAAAAUAAAAGGAGUAUCAUUCGUUCAUGAAAGACAAAUAAAUAGGUUAUCAACAGUUUUGCAAUUGUUAAUGACAUUUUUCUGACAGAUAUUUGUAGGCCGUGCAAUAUUUGUCAGUUGUUGCUUUAAAAAGUGCUCUAUUCAGUUAAUUAUUAGAACAAAACUUAUAGUGAUAGGUCAUGACACAACUUACAGCAUUAGUAUUGGUGACAAGAUUUACCUGAAACAAAUAAGUGUAAAUGACUGUCAUUAGUGUUAUUUACUAGGAAAACAGUGUUGCAUAAUUACUCUUUUUCUUUUUGAAAAAUACACUGGUACAGGUUUAAGCCAGUUUGAAUGAGUUGAAGGGCAGUUACUUUCAUGUUGUAUGAACAGAAUCAUUGUUUUAAUUGUGCUAUUGUUAUAAUAAAAUGUGUAUUAUACUUCA